UGUUUCGCAAAUAGGAUAUAUUUGUCAAUUUGGUUUUGUCUCGACACAUCACGAAUACUGGCAUUUCGAUACGGUUGGUAGUGCUGUAUUUUAAAUUAAAUUAGGACUUUUAGAUGUUCGCACAAGAAAGAAAAAUAUUGAAAUCAUAGUUGUAAAUCUAGUUUGACGUCACGGGUCAAUGAGAAUUUCAGUCACUUUAAACAACUUAGUUCAGGUAAGGAACAGAAAGAGGAGGAUGUGACUGAUCGACUUUCUCCUACAAAUAUUGACUGAGCCAAGGGAACCAACUUAAUGAUAGAACGGACUUGGAGACGGGAAGCACCACGUAUUGAUUUGACUCCAAGAACAAUAUACUACUACCUGUUUAUGACAUCGGACAAUCCGAGCAGGAAUUCCGGCGGCUGCAUACCUGUUGGACACGUAAUCAAUACGAUUAGUAGUACUGAAUACACUUACAUGUUCAGCUUCCGUGGAACUCUGGAGCUCACCUGCUUAAGCUACCUUGCGUGCGUGAGAAAUUAGCUCGAUAUAAAGUAAAAGUGCGCGUGCUUCUAGAAAAAAGUCAAAUUCGUUAUAAAGUAAUAAUAACGUGAACAUAUAUUGAGAUGUUUUGUGAUUUAUUGUAACAUUUAUAGAUAUUAAGUCAUAUACUGAUCAGGAAAGUGGUGUUCCGGAUACUGAUAUUACCUUAUUCGGAGUGUUACUUUUGGUAACGAUGGAUGUACGGCCAGCGACACGAUCUGCGUCUUCUUCUAACCUCCCGCCCAAGAUGGGAGACAAGGCAAAGACUUCACCUCUGCUUAAGUCGAACAGUUCUUACCUACUGAAGAGACAAAUGAGUACCCUCUCUCAGACAAAACAGAAUGAAAUUCCUAUUUUCUCCGAAAGGUCUGGUCCAUCGUUUGUUGGAUUACUGGCUUCUAAACGUUUGGCAAAACGACUAACUUCUCGAAUUCUCGCCGGUCGUACGAGGAGCAUAUUAAACUCGCGUAUGUCCGGUCUCAGUAUCCAGAAGGAGCCGACCUACCGCAUGGAACCAAAGGAUUCGCUAAAAUUCAAUGUCGUUCAAGUCGAGAGGAUUACAAACAAGGUGUUGGAAGACCGACUUGCUGAAAUAAAAUACAACCCACGGGUCUGUUCAAAUAUAAGUCGGCUCAUCACGGAGGAAAUCAAGGAUAGAGUGAAAAUGCUUAAGUUUGACCGAUACAAGAUAAUAGUUAUUGUUUUCAUAGGCGAGAACAAGGAUCAGGGGAUUCAGAUUUCAAGUCGAUGUGCGUGGGAUGACAAGGUCGACACUUUCGCCACUUGCACUUAUAAAAACAGUGCCAUAUACGCCACGGCGACAGUGUACGGUAUCUACACCGAAUAGUGACGUAUUGGCGUACAUGUAAUACGCUAUUUUACUGUGAUAAGAUACUGUGGAUGAGGAUAUUCAAUAUAUGAUCAAAUACACCUAUAGACAGUGGGUAUCUUGUAACCUAUGUACAUUACAGCCACACCAAUAAUGUUGGUAUUACACACAUGCUUUUAAAAUGUCAGAACAGAAUAUGUACUUUGUCUAUGUUAGAUUUGUUUUUUGUUUUUGCUGGGGGGUUUUUCUCGUCAUUUUUGCAUUAAUAAUGAUUAUCAAUUUUAAUGUAGGUUUUUUAAGUCAUCAUGAUAACAAACCAACUCGUACAUUUAAAGGAAUUUUCACCUGUCUUUAUAAUAUUGUCAUUGUAAACAAAUGUUGCAUUUUAAAAGAUUGAAAUCUUCAUCAAACAAAUCGUUAAUUUCUUUUUUACAUUCCUUAUCGGUGACUCGGUCAUUUUUAUCAGAACCGCGUUGCAUAGUGGCCCCAAUCAUUGUCAGUGAAUUGGUUUAGUUCCUCCUAGCUCUACACCAGAUAUCUGGGAAAAUGUCGGCGAUUUGGAUUUAUAAAAUUUAGUUGCCAGAUUUAGUUGCAAACAAAAUCUGUUAUGUUAGCGUUAAUUUCAAGUAUAGAUUUGACACCCCAAUUAAAUUCAUAUCAUAAUUCUUGUCAUUUGACUGCUAUGCUUAUGCCAUUAUUUUGAAUUGUAAAUAGAAUGAACAGAAAAGCGAUUGAUUUGAUACAUAUCAUUGUAUAAUAAAACAAUUGUUAUCCAAAAUACGGAUUUUAACAAAGAAACAUUUUUCAAAUUGGAAUUCUAUUGAUUUGUUAGUUUGUUGAAUAUCCUUAUUUACUCGUAGGUUUUACAUUUUUUAAGCGUAGUCGGAGAAAUAUACGUUCUAUGGAAAGUUGUCAUAGUUAAAACUUACCUAUAAAAUCGGUAAGAAGAUUAAAUCCUUAUAAGAUAAGUCCUUUGUCAUAUUGCGAUGGAUUAAGAUGUUUAGUAAUGCUUUUCGUGUAAUCAGUUUAUCAUAAGCAUGUUCUACUACGAUGCAGCAUUUGUAAUACAGUUACAAGUAAAUGCUUUUCAAUGGUGUAAAUUAAUAUGAAAUGAAAUACGACUGAAGUAUGUGCAAUUUAAUCAUACUCUUAUCAGUCCUUUUUUAUAGAUACAUUCUUUGACAAAACAAAAUGGGG